ACUUUGUUUUUUGAGCCUCCCGUUAUCUGCUCUAGAAAUCAGAGGUGUAGUAAACCACUUCAUCUCCAGUUUAUUCGUAGUCGUCGUCGUCUUCUUCUUCGCACAAGAAAUGUAGCUUACAAAAGUCAGCUAACCUCUCGCAAGCCACGCUGCAGUAUUUUUUUUAACUCGGAGGCUGCGAAUGACUGUCCUCGGGUGUUGCCUGGCCCGGUGUCGCCGCUGCAGCAGCACCAACCGAACCGAACCACGCAGUCUGCUGCUUCCUCCGUGCUGACGCAGAUUUAGGACAAGACAGGACACGGCUUCUUCUCGUGUAAAUAACACCGUCACACAUGUGCUGAGCUAACGCUGCGAUGGGAUCUCUGAAGGCUCUCCAGGAGUGGUGUCGGAUACAGUGCGAGGACUAUGUGGACAUACGGGACAUGUCCACGUCCUUUCGGGACGGCUUGGCGUUUUGUGCCAUCAUACAUCGCUACAGACCAGAUUUAAUAGACUUUGACUCGCUGUCUAAAGAAAAUGUCUACGAGAACAACCGACUG